AUGGCCAUCAACCAUAACAACGGAACUGUGACCCUGACACCAUUCGCCCCCGCCGCACAGGAUAAAUCGAAAGGCAUAGCUGUGCGAGAUAAUACAGCUGUUGCAUAUCGCGGCCCGCCCCUACCUUCAGUUCCCGAUGAUAUCGUUGUUCCGGGCAUUUUCGACUUGAACUGCGACGAGCGUCUAUGGAUUCCUCAGGCUCCAGAUGUGUGGUUCCGUCCCCUCGUCUUCAAUGUGUCACAGGGCUACUUUGUCAACAUCCUACGUGUGCGCAAGUCGGGUGUCCUGUCUCGCCAUCGUCAUGCCGGCCCAGUGCACGCCAUCGUCCUAAAAGGCCGCUGGCACUACCUAGAGCAUCCAUGGUGGGCAACCGAAGGCGGCUUCGCUUUCGAGCCCCCGGGCGAUAUUCACACUUUGGAGGUUCCUGAUGAUGUGGAGGAAAUGGUUACCUUAUUCCAUGUGACGGGUGCUUACAUUUAUGUGGACCCGGAUGGCAACCCUACGGGCGUUGAAGAUGUGUUUAGCAAGCUUGAUAAUGCUAGGAGGCACUAUGAGGCAGUCGGCCUGGGUGCCACUUUUGCGGACCAGUUCAUUCGAUAG